UUGUCGAGCCGGACGGAGGGGAAAGUGGAAGCUAAAGCUAAAAGUGAAGUAAAACUAAGUGGAUUAAAGAUGUCGGGCCGCUCGGUGCGGGCAGAGACGCGCAGCCGCGCUAAGGACGACAUCAAGAAGGUGAUGGCGGCCAUAGAGCGAGUGCGGCGAUGGGAGAAAAAGUGGGUGACUGUUGGAGACACGUCUCUGAGAAUAUUCAAGUGGGUUCCUGUGGUGGACACGAAGGAGAAGGAGAAGCCGAAAGUCGCAGCUGCUUCAGAGAUCCAUCUGGACAGCUUCCCAUCAGAGGAAACGUCUGAAAAUUCCUGCCCGGCUCUCCUGGACUAUCAAGAUGAAAACAGCAACCAGAGCUCUCUGUCGGACUCGUACCAGGUGAAAGCGGUCGCGGCGGUGGACAGCAGCACUAACUCGAGUCCUCAGCCAAGCGAGCCGGUCAGUCCCGCCGUCCAGUCUCAGGAUUACCACGCCGACGACCCUCAGCCGCCCACACUGGGGCAGGAGUGCAUGGAGGAAGCGUCGCUGCAGCCGCGGGAGAUGGCAGACGAGCCGCCGACGCUGAUUAAAGAGGACAUUUUACCCCUCAGCGCUCAGGAGGAGGAUGAGGAGGAUGAGGACGACGAGGAGGAGGAGGAGGAGGAGGAGGACGAGGAGAGCUGUGAAGCGCCACCUUUAAAACGAGUCUGUACGGAGACGUCGGUCAUCCAGUCCACUCUGCUGAGUUAACGCUGUGCCACGAUAAUCAGACGUCUGUCCUUCAGGAGAGUCGAUGUGGACCAGGCAGCAGGAGAGUUCAAUCACAGCCAGGUUCAAAGUCCAUAUCCUAAUCGUUCUGUUUCGUUAGCUUGGCUCCUUCGUUAAAAGGCCGGUGUGGUGAUCGCGGUGGUGAUGGCACCUCCUGCUGAGCUGGUCCACCUGGAGUGCUGUUCCAUUGGCUGAACUCACCUGUGUGGUCACCUACACUGUUUACACGAACGUUUAAUCUGAGGAUGAACUACUUGUUUUGUUCUCCAAAGCUGCUAAACAGACCAAACCCACAUCCUUAAAGUCCCACAGUCCCAUUCAUUCACGUCAGCCUUCCUGAUUAGGUUAUUUGGGCUGUGCUAUGCAAACGAUAUAUAUUAUUUUUCAUAAUUCUCCCCUGUAAAUUACUUCACUGUAAAUUAGAUGGUCUUUUUGCUGUGUUCCCUGCUGGUCUAAGCUGGUUAAUGCUAGUGUAGUCCUGGUAUGGUCAACCAGCAAAACCAGCAUCCAAUCACAGCUUAUCGCCGUUGACCGGAAGAAAACCUCAUAUCUCCUUUUUUGUCAUUUUUCAGUUUUUGACAUAAUUUGAAAACACCGAUUGCUCUUUAUACUGUGUAUAAAUUCCAGGAUGAAUGGGCCGAGAGAAACGGCACAGAACGACUUGGGAAGACGUCCGGUUCCAUUGACUUCCAUUCAGAGUAGAGCAGGUUUUCUCCUCCUCCUGUAACGUUCCCGUUUUGGAGAUACGAAGUUUUCCUCCGACAACAGCGCCGUGCUGGUUUUGCUGGUGACCAGCUGUGCUGGUUUUCUAGCAGGGUCAGUUUUCGGUAAAGCUUCCCCUGAUCAAUCACACGAGGACUGAAAUUAGCCGCUGGAAGCCAACUAGUGAGUAGUUAUAGCCAGAGCAGCUCACUCGUCUGAUGCUCAUCCAUUCGUUUGUCUUUUCAACCCGUCGUUCCAGCACAGUCAUCGUAAAUAACGGCUGGACGUUCAGUUGAGUCCAGUCGUUACUCACAGUAGCUAUAAAGAAGGAGCGGCGUCAGACUGGGAAGAUUUAAAGUCAGAGGAGGAAGACGGAGCCGGUCUCCUGCCGUGGCCUAGAACGCAGACGAGCCGGCCCCUCACUCGUCUGAUGAUGAGUGUGAACGGCUGUCGUAGGCGGCUGCUGCUGUAAGGACCAAACCUCGUAUCUCCACCUGUUGUUUUCCACUCAUUUUUGACGUAAUUUGAAAAAGCCAGUUGUUGAAAUUUCACAGCGACCGGACCAACAGAAACGGUCAUAAGCUACUUAGAAUCAAAUCAUUUUCCUAUUAAUUUCCAAAAAAAGCCAAGAGUGUAAAGUCCAGCAGCGUCUGCGCUCACAGAUGAAGACUUUGCUGGGAUGAGAGACGAAGCUGUGAGGUUUACACACUUCCCUUCAUCUCCCUUCGCUCAGAGAGCAACAUUAUUGCCUGUGUAUUUAUUGAUCUCGUCAUUUAUUGUUAAAUAUAGAGGGGGAGUCAAAAGUCACAGGACACGUUUUAUUUUAUUAUUGACUUUGAUCUCUGAUAUAUAUCGAUCGCUGUUGUCGGAGGAAAACCUUGUAUCUCCUUUUUUGUCAUUUUUGAGGUUGUUCUGUACAUCGUGUGUGAAUUAGAUGAAGAAUGGACGAAAAGAAACGGCACAAAAUGACUUGAUUCUGACUUGAAAAUGAUUCUGGUUCCAUUGACUUCCAUUAAAAGUAGAGACGGUUUUUUCCUCCUCCUGUGAAGUCGCCGUUUUGGAGGUUUUGAUCCUACAGCAGUGAUGAAUAUGUAUAUAAUUUUUUUAAGUGGGUUAAAUUUAUAGUGUUUCUUAAAUAUGGUUCUUAUUAAAAUGGAAAGCAAUACGCUAGAUUAAUACACCACUGUUGAUCUAUAAAAACAGGUUUACUUAAGCAUCCGGAAUGUUUUUGGGUGAAAAUGCUUCAGAGCUUCGCUUGUUUUUAUGUGUUAAUCUUGUUUUGUUUUUUUUUUCCCGUUCAGUUUUAACAUUUUUCCUUUAUUAAAUGUUUUCCGCUGCGUUUCCUGGCGCAGUUUAAAGGGCAGCAGAUUGAUGUGUUUGUUUAAUAGGGUGCUAUUAGACAUUCAGAUCAUUUGACAUGAUUAUAAAAUAAGAAGCGGCACCUAAUGACGUAACCGGUGCCGUCAGGGUGGACCAGCUCAUCAGGGAGAACUUCACGGUCACCACACUGGACUCGGAGACGGUUUGGCCUGUAUUAGACAUUCCUGCAGACAGAGGUGAUGAGCGUGAGACAGAACCAGUGCUGCAGUAACGCAGGGAUGGGAUUCAGCUUCAUUUAAUACUGUAGAAUUUUGCUGCCCGUUUAAUGGGAGCAGCCGGCAGAGAGUAGCCAUGAAAGGACAUGUUUGUGGGCGGAGCCCGGAGAGCGCAUUGCUUAAGGUUUUAAAGGGCCCAUAUCAUGAAAAAUCUCAAAAAAUUUUAUAAUUUUGAUCAAUGCUCUAAUCAAAUCUGCCCCAUGCAGCCGUGCUUAUUUGAAGGUUUUCCAAACGUACUCUUCGCUCUCCGGUUCAUACAGUCCAUACGGUUCCUACAGUCCAUACGGUUCAUACGGUCCAUACAGUCCAUCCGGUUCAUACAGUCCAUACAGUCCAUACGGUUCCUACAGUCCAUACGGUUCAUACGGUCCAUACAGUCCAUACGGUUCAUACAGUCCAUACAGUCCAUACGGUUCCUACAGUCCAUACGGUUCAUACGGUCCAUACAGUCCAUACGGUUCAUACGGUCCAUAUACAGAAACUAAACUGUAAAACCAGCCUGUUUGGAAUUUGUCGUUUCUUGUGAUGUCACAAAAACCAACACAUUUACAUAUAUCCGCCUAUUCAUCCUACAUCAGUCCAGCCCCGCCCACCCACACUGAAGCUAUGAGAGUUUCAGCCUGGAAUUCUUUUUAAACGAGGCACAGCUACUCAGAACAGAACUCAUUUACAUAUAUCAGUCUUAAAGGGGAAUUCCACCCAUUUUUCAAAAUUUCUGACUAAUUUAGUCUUGGAGAUGUAAACAGAGUCAUGAAACGAUUUAUUAUAGAUAAACCAACAGAUUUAGACGUCUUUACAAUGGUGAACUGAUGGGAACCAGGCGUCGCCAUGACUACAACACAGAUAUAAACACUUUAUUUACCAUCCAGAACCACCAGAGAACCUACACGAGUCUUCUGAGCUUAUAUGGAAUGCUGAUGAUGGAAA